CCUGUAAAUCGAUCACAUGUCCCUUAACAUUUUUUUUCCUUCCUUCAUUUUGGUCAAAACGCGCAAAACGCGAACGAGGAAGCGAUGAGGUCAACACUCCUAGAAGAAAACACACAGACGCUCCAACAGCUGGUUCAACUGCUCUCGAUGAAAAUAAAUGCUGAUGAAAUAGACAAGAAAAAUGAUGCAAAGCUGGUAGUGGAAAAUUUUGCCAAAAUUAUUCCAGAAUUCAACGGAGAAAAUAUGUCGGUACAGCAGUGGUUUAUUAACUUCGAGCUAAACGCUGAAGCAUACGGACUAAAUGACAAACAAAAAUACGUGCAAGCCCGAGCAAAAAUGACAGGUACAGCAGCUCUUUUUCUCGAGUCCACAGCAGUGUAUGAGUACGGCCAAUUGCGUCACCAACUUUUACAGGAGUUUGAGUGUGAGCGUUUAUGCAGUGCGCAAAUUCACAAUCAAUUGUCUAUGCGAGUGAAGAUGGCCGGCGAAAGUUUUCACGAAUAUAUUCUACAGAUGAAACGCAUUGCUGCACGUGGGACAACAGACACGGAGUCGGUGAUUCGAUACAUCGUCGACGGACUGAGUUUAAAAACGGAUUAUAAGUACACCUUGUAUGGAUGCAGCUCAUACAAGCAUCUACGAGAGAAGUACGAAAUCUACGAAAGAACGCUCGCGGUUGAUGGGGGUUUGGCCCCGAAACAAAAAGACUCACAGCCGUUCGGAAAAAAGUCCAAUUUCACCAAAUAUGAAAGGAAGCAACACUGCUACAGUUGUGGAUCCCAGGAGCAUCUACGCAAGGAUUGCCGAGCUGCAUUAAAUUGUUUCCGCUGCAAUCAGACUGGACACAUGUCUAAGGAUUGCCCGAGUGCUGCUGCCGUAAACGUUGCAUACGAGGAAAAACGCCUGAAGUCUCUUAAAAUUAACGACGUGCAAGUCAAGGGGCUCAUAGACACCGGUGCAGAUGUUUCCCAAUUAAAGAUGUCAGUGUUCGGCAAAAUGAGUGGUAUCCAUCUGCAAGCAAGUUCGUCAACUUUGAGCUGGGCUUCAGCUUUACGGCAGAAGUGGAGAUCGACGGAAUGCGACUGGCACACAAAUUCCUUGUGGUGGCCGAUCAUGCCGUCGGAUGCGAAUUGUUGCUUGGACACGACUUUAUAUCCAAGUUCACAAUGACAUCAACGCAAGGAGGAUAUAAGUUUUCUCCCCUGCCGGGGAGGAAACUGAGGACACCAAACAGAUAAGUAUUUACAACGUGGUCGAAGCAAAUACUGACAUAAACAUUCCAUCGCAGUUCAGAGAUGCCGUCCAAUCAAUGAUUCAGGACAUUACUGAAAAGAAGCAGACUGCAGUGUGCCCGCUCAUGCUGAAGAUCGUACCGGACGAGAAAAUAGCGCCGUUUCGAAUUUCGCCAAGUCGAGUGGCCAUCAGCGAAGCCGACGUUGUCAAGCAGCAGAUCGAUGAAUGGGCCAACGCUGGGAUAAUACGACGCUCAUCAUCAAAUUUCGCCAGUCGGACUGUAAUUGUCAAGAAAAAGGAUGGGAGCAGCCGGGUCUGCGUGGACUAUCGUCAGUUGAGCAAGAUGGUCUUGAAAGAUUGCUUUCCCGUUCCAAUCGUUGAAGAGGUGCUGGAAAAACUGGAAAAUGCUAAGGUGUUCACCAUCAUGGACUUAGAAAAUGGCUUUUUCCACGUUACUGUGGAAGAAAGCAGCAAAAAAUAUACGGCGUUCAUAACGAAGGAAGGCCUCUUUGAGUUCAACCGUGCGCCUUUCGGUUUUUGCAAUUCGCCAGCAGUUUUCAUCCGUUUUAUAAGUUUUGUAUUUCAAAACCUUAUAAAUGAAAACAUUCUUGACCUGUACAUGGAC